AUUUGCUAUACGUCCAUCCGCCAGAGUCCGCACUGGUAGCUCGGGCGAGGAGUGUUUCAGAUCGCGCCAGAGCUUUCCCAACCUGUGCUGACAGGCUUUGAUUCGCGCACCUGACGCGACCUUGCUGUGCGCUUGCUGUCCUUCCACCCAGCGCGUCUUCGUCUGUCGCGGUCGCAAGCGCAGCAACAAGGAGCCCCAGUAACUGUAUCAAGAACCUGCCAAUCAGCGAGCAUGGCUAUUUCGAAAAAAGCUGGGAAGAAAGGUGCAGGAGGCGUGGCGGCGCCGCCAAAGGCCGCUAAAAAGGGGGGCAGCACCUAUGCACCUGGAGGAGUUACCAAGGCAGAUUGGCGCGAGGGAUUUAAGAAGCCUCAGGCCGGCGUCAGCGAUAUGACCCUGCUAAGCCAAGUGACGAACGAAGCCAUCAACGAAAACUUGAAGAAGCGCUUUCAGAAUGCUGAGAUAUAUACCUAUAUUGGCAAUGUGCUCAUUUCGGUCAAUCCUUUCCGUGAUCUUGGCAUAUACACCGAAGAGAUCCUUGCCUCUUAUCGCGGCAAGAACCGUCUGGAGAUGACGCCGCACGUAUACGCCAUUGCAGAAGGUGCUUACUACAAUAUGCAGGCUUACAAGGAGAACCAAUGCGUCAUUAUCUCCGGCGAGAGUGGUGCAGGAAAGACGGAAGCGGCCAAGCGGAUCAUGCAGUACAUUGCUGCUGUCAGUGGAGGCAGCUCGAGUGGAAUCCAAGAUAUCAAGGAUAUGGUGCUUGCGACCAACCCUUUGCUCGAAAGUUUCGGAUGCGCCAAGACGCUGCGAAACAAUAACUCUUCGCGACACGGCAAAUACCUAGAGAUCAUGUUCAACUCGCAGGGGGAGCCCGUCGGCGCAAAUAUCACCAACUAUCUGCUCGAAAAGGGGCGCGUCGUGCAACAGAUUCGCGAUGAGCGCAACUUCCACAUAUUCUAUCAGUUCUCCAAAGCUGCGUCUGCUGCGCAGCGCGAAAGCUUUGGCGUCCAGGGCCCAGAGGCGUAUGCCUACACGGCAAAUUCACAGUGUCUCGAUGUGAACGGAAUCGAUGAUGUGGCUGACUUUGGGGAGACAAUCAACGCCAUGAACAUCAUUGGCCUGUCGGCAGAUGAGCAGGAGAAUGUCUUCCGCAUGCUCGCUGCGAUUCUUUGGCUGGGUAACACUCAGUUUGUAGAGAUGGAAGAUGGGAACGCGCAGAUUUCCGAUUUGGGCGUGACGGACUUUGUUGCUUACCUACUGGAAGUCGACUCGACCGCAGUUGUCAAGGCCCUUACCCAGCGCAUCAUGGAGACCCAACGCGGCGGCAGGCGCGGUUCCGUUUACGAGGUCCCGCUGAAUCCUGCGCAAGCAGCUUCCGUGCGUGAUGCCCUGUCCAAGGCCAUCUACAACAACAUGUUCGAUUGGAUCGUUGAACGCGUCAACACGUCCAUGAAGGCGCGUGCCGUUUCGGCCAACGUGAUUGGCGUCCUGGAUAUCUACGGCUUUGAGAUAUUCGAGAACAACUCAUUCGAACAGCUUUGUAUCAACUACGUCAACGAAAAGCUGCAGCAGAUUUUUAUUGAACUCACUCUCAAGAAGGAGCAGGAAGAAUACGCAACUGAGCGUAUUCAGUGGACACCGAUCAAGUACUUCAACAACAAGAUUGUAUGCGAUCUCAUCGAAGAGAAGCGACCGCCUGGAAUUUUUGCAGCGCUCAAUGACGCUUGCGCCACUGCGCAUGCGGACCCUACCGCCGCCGACAACUCUUUUGGCCAGCGUCUCAGCAUGCUCAGCUCAAACCCCCACUUUGACUCGCGUGGAUCCAAGUUCUUGGUCAAGCACUACGCCGGUGAUGUGAUGUACAACGUGAUGGGCAUGACGGACAAGAACAAGGAUGCGCUUCUGAAGGAUAUCCUUGACUUGGUCGACAGCUCUCAGAAUAAGUUCCUCGGUGUUCUGUUUCCCCAUCGUCCUGAUCCGAAUAGUAAAAAGCGCCCACCGACGGCUGGAGACCGCAUCAAGGCAUCUGCAAACGCACUUGUUGAAAAUUUGAUGAAGGCGCAGCCCUCGUACAUCCGCACGAUCAAGCCGAACCAAAACAAGAGUCCGACCGAGUAUGACAACACCGCGAUCUUGCAUCAGAUCAAGUACCUCGGUCUGCAGGAGAACAUCCGCGUCCGACGUGCGGGCUUUGCGUACAGGAAUACUUUCGAGAAGAUGGUCGAGCGAUUCUAUCUGCUGUCUCCGCAUACGUCAUACGCAGGCGAAUACAUCUGGCAAGGCGAUGCCAAGAGCGGAUGCGAACAGAUCCUCAAAGACACGGGCAUCGCGAAAGAGGAGUGGCAAAUGGGCGUCACUAAAGCUUUCAUCAAAAAUCCUGAGACUCUAUUUGCGCUUGAGACCAUGCGUGAUAGGUACUGGCACAACAUGGCCAUGCGUAUCCAGAGAGCUUACCGCAACUAUCUAAGAUACAAGAACGAGUGUGCUAAACGAAUUCAGCGUAUGUGGAUGAACAAGAAGGAAACUCUCGUGUAUGCUCAGAUGAGGGACUACGGCCAUCAAGUUCUGGCAGGAAGGAAAGAGCGACGUCGAUUUUCGCUCAUCAGCAUGCGUCGCUUUACCGGAGAUUACUUGGAUGUCGGCGGUAGCAGUGUUGAAGGUGAAAUGCUGCGGCAGGCUUCUGGCUUUGGUUCGACCGAAUCGGUUGUGUUCAGCACUCGUAUUCAGCUGCUGGUCUCGCGCUUGGGCCGUUCGUCCAAGCCGAGCCCACGCUUCUUUAUUAUGACCGAUAAGGCUGUCUACAUCUUGGUCACCCAGCUCGUCAACAAGCAGCCACAGACCACGUGCGAGAGGAGAAUUCUGCUCGGCCAGAUCACCAAUGUAGGGCUUUCGGCGUUGCGAGAUGAUUGGGUCAUUUUGAACAUAGCAGGGUCUCACGAGGAGCCAGAUCCGGUCUUCCACUGCUACUUCAAGACCGAACUCGUCGCUACCCUCCUGCAGAGAACCAACGGCGGCCCUAACGUCACGGUGUCAAAUCAAUUGGAGUAUUCAAAAAAGAAGGACAAGAAGGCUUCCAUCACGUUCAAGAAAGACGAGACCAUUCCGCGUGACGAUGUUUACAAGAGCUCGACGGUGUCUGUUCCAAGCGGUGAGCCUGCUGGCAGCCUCUCGCGUCCUCCAGCAAAGAAAAAGCCUGGUGUCGUGCGUCCGAUCACCUCUGGCAAGCUGCUGCGUGCAGGUGGACCAAGCAAUGCGAACAACAGGCCCAAGCCGCGUGCCAUGCCGAAGCCAGCCGCCAAACCAGUGACCCUACCGACACGUGCACCCUCCGUUGGUACUGGAACUGGCCUUAAGGCUGCCACAUCGGUCGUAACAAAUAGGGGCUCCCCCAUCGUCCCGCGAGCUGCGUCUACUGGACGAUCCGGCCCAGCCCCACCCCCUCCACCGCCCGCUGCAGCUGCGAUACCUGAUGAACCUGUUGUUCCAAUGUAUAAGGCGCUCUACGACUUCGAUACGCAGGAAAGCGGUGAGAUGGCGCUCACGAAGGACGAGCACGUCGAGGUUACGCAGAAGGAGGACAAUGGAUGGUGGCUCAUUAAAAAAGAUGGUUUAGAAGGCUGGGCGCCCUCGACGUACCUCGAACUGGUGCCACCCAAGCCCAAACCGUUGAGUCGGCCGACUGCUCCACCAGCAGCCAAAAGGCCACCACCUGCGGCUCCUGGAGCAUCAAGCGCUACAAAUGGCAGUCCAGCAGUGAGUCGCGCUGCCUUUGUCGCAGCGACAAGCGCACCCAAGCCUGAAGCUGCUCCUGUGCUCACCGCCAAGCCAGCUGUGCUGCCGAAGGCGGCGGUGACAGCAAAGCCGGCAACUGUGUCAAAACUGCACGAGCGACCGUCUUCGGUGGCCCCAGACGCGGGUGCAGCACCGGUAGCUGUCAUGCCAGGCAUGGGAAACCCGGGCGGCUUCGCAGCGGUCCUGGCAGCAAAGAAAGCAGCGAAUGCCGCAGCUGCCAACGGCGGCGCCACCAAUGGCGCGCCAGCUGCUCCCGCGGGUUCGAAUAAGCCACCGCUUCCUCUAAAACCAGGAGGAGCCAAGCUUCCAGCAAUUCCUGCCAAGCCAGGUGCCGGUGCUGCGGCUGGGGGAAGGGUUAUGCCUCCACCUCCACCUAGAAGACCAUAACGAUGUAAAUGACGGUGGAAUUAUGGGAUACCUGCGUUGCCUGUUGGAAACACGAGCAGUUUGAGAUGCAAGUAGAUGGUAGAAUCUGGAUGAGCAAUCGCGUCGCGUCGCGUCUUUCCCGUCGUCACCCAUUGGCCAAGUACAAUAGAGACCAACAAUCUACCUUCAGACUUUGUCGACAUAGUCCGAAAUGGG